UCGGUUCACGGGAGCAUCUAGAAAUUAACCGUUGAGGUUUUGUUCUAAUAAAAAACCGUGGGUACGAGUUUAAAAGAAAUUGUGUAACGAUGGAAGAUUAUUCUAAACUGCCUGCCAAGUGGUCGGGGUUGGUUCCUAUGGCAGCCUCCAUUCAUCGCGCGCGCAGAGACGCACAACCACAUGAACUCAUACUGAGGGGUAGCUGGCAUCAUCCUCCUGGAGGUCAACACAAGGAGCCGUAACAGCAGAGAGAGAGGAAGCCCUGCCACAGCCAUUCUCCCCUCCUACUCCCCCUCAUCCUCCCUUCUUCUGCCAUCAGACUGACAGAGAGAGAGAGAGAGAGUGAGGAAAAGAGUGAGGGAAGGUGGGGAAAAAAAGAGGGAGACAUGUACCAAACACUCCUCCUCUCUUCCUCUCUCUUCCUCCUCCAUGUCACAGCCACUCCACAGUUCCACGGUCAUCACGGGAGGAGGGUGUGUGGCAGAGACGUCCGUCACAGCAGUGUAGUCACGACGACAGAGUCGUUCGUCCAGCCCGUUCACAAGCCCUACAUCACCCUGUGUCAGGGGCACCGCUUCUGCAGCACCUACAAGACAGUGUACAGGGUGGCCUACCGUCAGGUGACCAGAGCGCCGCCACUCUCACACUCUUAUCCAGAAUGCUGCCCGGGCUGGCGACAACUCCACUCACACAACUGUAACCAAGCGGUGUGUGUCCAGUCCUGUGUGAACGGAGGAACGUGUUUAAGACCCAACCACUGUGCCUGUCCUCUGGGCUGGAUAGGACGACACUGCCAAACAGAUGUGGAUGAGUGCAGCGAGCAGCAGUCCUGUUCUCAUAAGUGUGUGAACAUGGCAGGCAGCUACCGGUGUGUUUGUAGAGAGGGCUACAGGCUGGCAAGAGACAGACACUCCUGUGAGAGCCUUCCUCCUCCUCCUACACCUCCUGCCCCGCCCGCCUCUCCCACCAGCCCCGGCCAGGCAGCAGCAAACGAUUACAGACCCCCCUCCAGUGAUACAGGUGGAAGGGUCACAGAGGAGGUACAGAGCCUGAAGAACAGAGUAGAGCUGCUAGAGCAGAAGCUCCAGUUGGUCCUAGCCCCCUUCACCAGUCUGUUCCCCAUGUCGCUGGACGAGGGCGUGUCUGAGAAGACCAGCUUCUUGUUUCACUCCUUCCAGCAGCUGGACCGCAUCGACUCGCUCAGCGAACAAAUCGGCUUCCUCGAAGAACGCCUCGGUACCUGUGAGUGGAUGAACACACAGUUAAAAAUGUAUUUUCGUUGUACUCCCCUUGUUGGACAGGACAAAUUGGCCAUAUAGAGGCUUGAAGUGGAUGUGAAAUGAUUUGUUUGACUAUAGAUAGUAACACCCCACUGGUUAAAUCAAUGUUGUUCCAACGUCUUUUCAAUGAAAUUACGUUGAACCAAAGUGGAAUAGACAUUGAAUUGGCAUAUGUGCCCAGUGGGACUGAUUUUUCCACUUUUCUGUCCUCACUACAGGUUCCUGCCAGGAAAAUUAGACACAGAACAUGACUGGGUGAAAACCAACCAGACAUGUCCACAGUCUGAAUCUACAACACAAUAACAAUAGGAAUGGAAUGAUUGCCUCAGCCCAGGGAUAUGGUAGGAGGAAGAAAGUCAGCAGAACAUAGGCCUACUCAACGUUUGUGCAUUCAUGUUCCUGUACCAGCCCAAAGACUUGCUCUUGAGAACCCAAGGCAUUAACAAGGCAUUCUGCCUUAUCUCAAGGGUUCUCAGCUAUAAACACUAAUUACCGGUAGCACCAUGUGAACUACAAUCCCAACGCUGUUUUAACAUUUAGAAACGUCAAUAAUCAUCGCUUCCGCUAUGGUUUCUGAAACAUAGAAAACGUAUCUUUCAUAUCAGCGGGAAUGAAUCGUUCAAAUAAAAAAGAUACUUACUGAAACAGGUUUGCCCAGAUCCUUACGUCUGUGUGCCUCCAGCCGUCAAACUACACUUCCUCCCCAGUUACGCUUACACACAGGUGUUCGAACCCACUCUAGAUAGCUAAAUAGCACAGGUGGUCACCUCUGUCUUUCGUCUGUCUUCUAUAAACACUCACUGUAACAUGGAGAUAUGGCCAUGUGGGAACACUAACCCUAACCAUAUAAAAGGUGUGUAGUAAUUUAACCUUUUGUUUUUUUACAAUGAUUUCUCGCUGAUAUGAAAGAUACGUUCCUUAUGUUUCCAAAACCGUACCAGAAGCGAUGCGCGUUAACGUUCAGAACGAGCGUCGGGGCUCUUAACAAACUCCCCUGGCCAGAAGAUACCGCCAUGAAUAGACGCUAAAGGUAGUUUGUGUAUAUGUUUCAGGGUUCCUUGAGCGGCACUGCAUCGCAGUGCUAGAGGCAUCACUACAGACCCGGGUUCGAUCCCGGGCUGUACCACAACCGGCCGUGAUCAGGAGUCCUAUAGGGCGGCGCACAA